AUGGCUCUCUUUCAAGUACUGAUCUGUUGCUUCACUGCUUUUGCUCUGAUCAUCACGUCCCUUACCACUACCGCCUCCACCAUCACAAAACCUCCGAGGUUUGUCAGCAAACUCAUUCACAAUUACACCGUUGGAUCUGCCAUUGAAAGCUCAGCCGCACGUUUCGCCUACUUAAACGCAAGGUUGGCUGUCGGCAAUACUAGCGAUGAUUUCCGGGCCGGUGUUAUUCCGGACAAAACAUAUCAUGCAUAUUUUUUGGCAAACAUAUCCAUCGGCGAGCCUCCUGUUCCACAGCUCCUAAUUAUGGACACCGGCAGCAAUCUGUUGUGGACCCAGUGCCUCCCUUGCGCCAAUUCAUCAUGUUUUCCUCAAACUUUUCCAGUUUUCGAUCCUUCCAAGUCUUCCACAUACGCCACCAUGCCUUGCAUGUCUCCUUCCUGUCACAUAUUUCCCGGCAGCCGCAUUAACACCCCGUGUGACUCGUCGAAUACUUGCAAGUUCUCCCAAAACUACGUCGACGGCAGCACCGCAGCUGGAGUUAUCGCCACCGAAAAGCUGACCUUCGAGACCUCCGACGAAGGAACAACGUCGGUUUCCGAUAUUGCAUUUGGUUGUGCAAAUAACAAUCAUGUUACUUUCAACGGCCAAGGUAGCGGAAUUGUUGGUCUUGGGUAUGACAAUGGCUAUGACAAAGUAUCCUUGGUGACUCAACUGGGUUCUAAAUUUUCUUACUGCCUUGGCCCUAUAAGGGAUCCUCAGUAUCCUCACAAUCAGUUGGUUUUGGGCGAUGGUGCGCAAAUAGAAGGCCCUUCAACCCCAGUUGAAUUUUUCCUUGGCUUGUACUUUCUAACCCUAGAUGGCAUCAGCGUGGGAGAGAAAGAGCUUGAUAUUGACCCUCAAAUAUUCAGAAGAUCAACAAAAACGGGCAAAGGUGGAGUCAUAAUUGACUCGGGUACAACACAUACAUAUCUAACAAGAGCUGGGUUCGAGCCGCUUAGCAGUGAAGUACAGAGAUUGGCCGCGAAUGCAAUGCUAUCACGUAUAGACAGACCGGACUUGGAAGCUCCAUGCUACAAGGGUGUUAUAAACCGUGACCUUGUCGGAUUUCCGCCGGUCGCCUUUCACUUUGCCGGGGGAGUUGACCUUGUGUUGGACUCAGAGAGCAUGUUUUUUGCGGCUGGUCCGAAUCAAUUUUGCAUGGCUGUGGUCCCCAGUAAGCCUGAUGACGUCAGUGUUAUUGGAGUGUUGGCUCAGCAGAACUAUAACGUUGGCUAUGAUCUUGAUGCAAAAACUGUUUCCUUCCAAAGGAUAGACUGCGAACUCUUGGAGACCUAA